AUGUUUACCACAGCAAACUAUGUCCCACCAAAGGCCUCCGACGCCGAGAUGGCUCGAUUCGAAACUAUCUGUGGCACAUGGAAGGAUCAACACCUUAUCUAUGAGAAUGGCAUGGUGCCGAUUCCUCUUUCUUUAAAAUACACCAAGGACAACGCCACAGGCAAAUGGACGAGGACUUCCGAAGGGAUAUUUCCAAAUUUCCAAAUCAACAAUGCAUACCCUCUCCUCCGUGUGGAACCUGGAGAAGUGGGAGCGGAGGAAAUGGCUGUCGUUGCUAAGAGGGCAGUAGAUAACAAUAAGUGUCCCUGCACGUUCCGAAAUGAUGGCAAACCUGUUCACAAACGACUCUACUAG